AUGGAAAAACACGAGCAACGAGCAACAGAAGAGGGCGAGUUCUCCGACCUGACGAUGGUCUCCAAGUUCCUGAACAGCGAAGCAGACAAAUGUGGAGCCUUCGCGACCUCAGAAGAAAAGAGCGGGUUCAGAAGAACUCAUCGAGAAGCGACGGAUUCUACAAGGGAAAAAAUUUUGAAGAAAAAGAUACAAGUCAACAGAAAGGACUUGUCUUAUGUGCCGAGGUGGACACUUCCUCGUCGACUGCCAGAAGUUCCAGAAGACGUCAGUGCAAGAUCGAUGGGCAACAGUAAAGAAAAGUCACAACCGUCAUACCAGCCCAUUAAUUCAGAACAUUUUUCCAAGAUUGACUAUUUUGGUCAGUACUUCGACGACGGAAUAUUAACAAUAUGUGUCGAGAAUACAAAUCAAAAUGCUGUUAAAUUAACAGACGAUGACGAUGACGAUGACGAUGACGAUGAUGAUGACGAUGAUGAUGAUGACCAUCACGAUAAUGAUGACGACGAUGACGAUGAUCAUGACGAUGAUGAUGACAAUGACGAUAAUAAUGACGAUGACGAUGUUCGUGACGUUGAUGAUGACGAUGGCGAUGACAAUGACGAUGUCGUUGACGUUGAUGAUGACGAUAAUGAUGACGACGAUGACGAUGAUCGUAACGAAGACGAUGACGAUGAUGACGAUGACAAUGACGUUGAUGAUGACGAUGACGACGACGAUGAUCAUGACGAUGACGAUGACGAUGAUCAUGAUGAUGAUGAUGACGAUGAUGAUGAUUACCAUGACCAUGACGAUAAAGAUGACGAUGAAUGA